AGCGACUUUUCGAUCAGGCUUUUUAGAUGCUUUCCAUUCAAAGAAGUUGACAACAUUCCCCUGGAUGCAGUGCCUUUUUCGAUUUCCUAGGAUCGAGGCGCCAUUUUUUAUUCUCCAGUUGAAUACCUGGAUGUGUUUUUUAGGAUCAUUUUACAGUCCCACGUGGUACUCUCUCCAACAGAGUUAAUCCCAAAAGCACACGUCUGAAAGGGUUGUUAGUUCAGUAAGUUUCCGCACGUAAAAGCAGCAGCAGUAUCAGCGGCAGUAUGGCUUCUACCUGUUCAGGAUGUGGACCAGGAUAUAAAACCCCUCUGGAUGCCAUGAAAGGGCCUCGAGAAAAGAUAGUCUACCUGCCAUGCAUUUACCGCAACACAGACAUUCAGAAACCUGACUAUCUUGCAACCGUUGAUGUCAAUCCACAAUCUCCCAAUUUUUGCAAGGUGAUUCAUAGGCUGCCCAUGCCUAAUCUAAAGGAUGAGCUACACCAUUCUGGUUGGAACGCUUGUAGCAGUUGUUAUGAUGAUCCUUCCAAAAGACGCAAUCGUCUCAUUCUGCCUUCUCUGAUGUCCUCCCGUAUCUACGUCGUUGAUGUAGGGACGGAUCCACUGGCCCCACGGCUUCAUAAGAUGGUCGAGCCCAUAGAUCUGUUCUGGAAAUGCGGCCUUGCCAACCCCCACACUUCUCAUUGCUUAGGCAGUGGCCAAAUCAUGAUCAGUACCAUGGGUGAUCCCUCUGGCAAUGGCAAGGGUGGUUUUGUGUUGUUGGAUGGCGAGACUUUCGAAGUCAUUGGAAAUUGGGAGCAACCAGGUGAAGCAGCACCGUUUGGUUAUGACUUCUGGUACCAGCCUCGCCACAAUGUCAUGAUCAGCACUGAGUGGGGAGCUCCAAAAGCAUUGGGACAUGGCUUCAACCCUGCAGAUGUCAAAGCUGGUCAUUAUGGACAGCGCCUCCAUGUGUGGGACUGGACCACACACAAGCGGAUACAGACUCUGGAUCUUGGGGAAGAGGGUGCUAUUCCUCUGGAGAUCCGAUUUCUGCAUGACCCUGAUGCGGCAGAAGGAUUUGUGGGCUGUGCUCUUCAGAGCACAGUCUUCCGCUUCUACAAGACACGGGCAAGAGACUGGGCAGCAGAGAAAGUGAUCCAAAUUCCAAGCAAAAAGGUGAAAGGUUGGGCUCUUCCUGAAAUGCCAGGUCUCAUUACUGAUAUCUUGAUCUCACUGGAUGAUCGCUUCCUGUACUUCAGUAACUGGUUGCAUGGAGACAUUCGACAGUAUGACAUCACUGACAGGAAGAAUCCACGUAUGGUCGGUCAGGUCUUCCUUGGGGGCAGCAUUUUGAAAGAUGGACCAGUGAAAGUAUUGCAGGACAAAGAACUGAAAAGCCAGCCAACCCCACGGAUACUGAAGGGAAAGCGUGUGCAGGGAGGCCCUCAGAUGCUCCAGCUUAGUUUGGAUGGAAGACGACUGUACGUCACCACCUCUUUAUACAGUGCCUGGGACAAGCAGUUCUACCCUGACCUCGUCAAGGAGGGGUCAGUCAUGAUGCAGAUUGACGUGGACACAGAUAAAGGCGGCCUGAAACUCAACGAGAAUUUCCUUGUGGAUUUCGGAGCAGAACCACAUGGUCCCGCACUUGCCCAUGAGCUCAGAUAUCCUGGUGGAGACUGCACUUCUGAUAUCUGGUUAUGAAAUUGGGGCCAAGCCAUUACGUUCCAAGUGGGAGAAUUAUCAUUCCCAUAUUUUCACAACUGAGUGGAGAUACAAUAGAUAAUCAGUAUGAGGAUCAUGUUUAAUCUACAUAUGUACUAAAUCCUUAAUUAUAUUGUGGCAAUUAGUGAUUACAAUAGUAAAUCACUUCUCAAAUAUAAAAAUAUAUUUUUGCUGUCUUUA